UCCCCGUUACCAUUUGCCACCAAUAAAAAAAAAAAAAAAAAAAAAACCCACUGAAAAUAGCGAAGGCAAAAAUAUUUAGUCCCCCACAACUGGUUUCCUCUAGAAAGUAGAAAUACCAAGCACACACGCAGAGCGACAGAGAGAGAUGAUAUGAAAGCAUGCUUUGUCGGCCAUUAGAGCUUCAACCAAGAGCUCUGGCCCUUUUAUCUUCCAUACCCACUUAGACAUAAAAAAAAAAAAAAGGAUCUUUCUUGGCUUUCACAUACCCAUAAUUCCAUUGACGACGCAGAGUCUUAAAAAAAAAUUUGUACCCGUGAAGACGUGGUUUUUUACUUUGCUUUGUUUUCACAGUUUUGACGGGUUUUCUUUAUUUGAUUAAUAUAAUAAUAAAGUGAAAAUCUUUCUGUGAUUUUUUUUUUUUUUUGGAGUUUUUUGGGUGUGCAAAAGCCUCAAUAAAAGGAGGGGUUUUCGAGAUAUUUAUGCAUGAAUCUUGGCCCGUGGAUCGGAGAUCCCCUCCAUUUGUGGAAAAGAAAGACGAACUGGGUUUGAUUCACCUUUUUGUCUCUCUGAUUCAUGACUUCCAUGGUUUUCAGUUUGUCGUUUCAGAGAGUCAAUGUGAAGUCCUGGACUUGCUGUUUCUACUAUCUGUUUUUUGAUGAUUGAUCAGUGGCUUUUGAGAGGUUUUGAUAUCUGAACAUGUGCUGGUUGUGAUCGAAUGAGAGUUGCUGCUAAAAUGUUCAAAAAUUUCAAACUACAGAGAGUUUCAGAAGUGGGAGUUGUGGGAUUUUUGCUUGUCAUCUUUCAGCUAGUUUUCGUUUCAGAGGGGUUGAAUUCUGAGGGUCUGUACCUCUUAGAGCUGAAGAAGAGUCUUCAUGAUGAAGCCAAUCAUUUAGGGAAUUGGAAUUCCGCUGACCAAACACCAUGUGGAUGGAUAGGAAUAAAUUGCACUCCUGGUAAUGCUCCGGUUGUUUGGUCUCUUGAUUUGAGUUCCCAGAAUCUUUCAGGAAAUCUGAGCCCCAGCAUUGGUGGUUUAGUCAAUCUAACUCAUCUCAAUCUUGCUUACAAUGCAUUAACUGGGAAAAUACCCAAUGAGAUUGGGAACUGUACGAGAUUGAAACGUCUUUUUCUGAACAACAAUCAUUUUGAGGGGAAAAUUCCUUUGGGGUUUGGUUCUUUAUCGAAUUUAAGUCAUUUGAACAUAUGCAACAACAAAUUAUCUGGUCCUCUUCCAGAGGAACUCGGUAACUUGCGUUCACUGGUUGAGGUUGUGGCAUAUUCCAACAAUCUUAGUGGCCCUUUGCCUUAUUCUAUUGGAAACCUCAAGAAUCUGAGAAGGUUUAGGGCUGGUCAGAAUGGUAUUUCCGGUAGCUUACCUGAAGAAAUAGGUGGAUGUGAGAGCUUGGAGUAUCUUGGUCUUGCCCAAAACAACUUAGGUGGGGAACUACCUAAGGAACUGGGGAAGCUUGCAAAAUUGACAGAACUGAUUCUGUGGGGUAACCAGCUAUCAGGGCUUAUUCCAAAGGAGCUAAGCAACUGUACGAGCCUUUCAACUCUUGCAUUGUAUCAGAAUUCUCUUGUAGGACCUAUACCGAAAGAAAUUGGGAACCUCAAGUCAUUGAAAAAGUUGUAUCUCUACAGGAAUGGGCUGAAUGGAACUAUUCCAAGGGAAGUUGGGAAUCUUACACAGGCCAUUGAAAUUGAUUUCUCAGAGAAUCAGUUGACUGGUGAUAUCCCCAUUGAGUUCAGUAUGGCGAAGGGUCUACACUUACUUUACCUCUUUGAGAACCAGCUUACAGGUGUAAUACCAGAUGAGCUUAGCGGCUUGAAGAACCUGACAAAGCUUGACCUUUCAAUAAAUUAUCUCACAGGUCCUAUUCCAUUUGGCUUUCAAUAUCUUACUGGAAUGAUCCAGUUACAGCUAUUUGAAAACUCUCUGACCGGUAGCAUUCCUCAGGGGCUUGGACUUUACAGCCCACUUUGGGUGGUUGAUUUUCAUGAUAACUACCUGUCUGGAAGAAUUCCACCUCAUCUAUGUCGACAUUCUAACCUUAUUUUGUUGAAUCUGGAAUCCAAUAAACUGUAUGGAAAUCUUCCUACUGAUGUCUUGAAUUGCAAAUCGAUGGUGCAGCUUCGACUUGUUGGAAACAGGUUCACUGGGAAUUUUCCUUCUGAAUUGUGCAAUUUGGUGAACCUGUCUGCCAUUGAAUUGGAUCGUAACAGGUUUAGUGGUCCAAUUCCUCCACAGAUAAGGAACUGCAAGAAGUUACAAAGGCUUCAUAUUUCAGACAACCAUUUUACCUCUGAAUUGCCUAAGGAAAUAGGAAAUCUGUCACAAUUGGUUACUUUUAAUAUAUCGUCCAAUUUGCUCACAGGACGAAUUCCAUCUGAAAUUGUCAACUGCAAGAUGCUUCAGCGGCUUGAUCUCAGCCACAAUAGCUUCAAAGACGCUUUACCUAGUGAGCUGGGAACCCUAUCGCAGUUGGAGCUUCUCAGGCUUUCAGAAAAUAAAUUCUCUGGAAAAAUACCAUCUGCAUUGGGAAACCUUUCUCGCUUGACAGAGUUGCAGAUGGGUGGCAACAUGUUUUCUGGUGAGAUACCUCGAGAGUUGGGUUCUCUUUCAAGCUUGCAAAUUGCAAUGAAUCUCAGUUGUAAUAAUCUUUCUGGGAGUAUACCUCCAGAGCUUGGGAAUCUCAAUUUACUUGAAUUCCUCUUCCUCAACAAUAACCAUUUGACUGGUGAAAUUCCCAGCACAUUUGAGAAUCUGUCAAGUUUAUUGGGGUGCAACUUCUCAUACAAUAACCUUAGUGGACCCUUACCUUCACCUCUGUUUGAAAACAUGGCUAUUAGCAGCUAUGCAGGGAAUAGAGGACUUUGUGGUGGUCCCCUUGGUGAUUGUAGUGGAGUUACAUCUCAUUCUCCAUCACUGAGAAGUGCUGAACUUUCACGGAGUAAGAAAAUUACAAUAAGUGCAGCUGUUGUAGGUGGUGUUUCCCUCAUUUGUAUUGUUAUUCUUUUAUCUUAUAUGAAAUGUCGAGCUCAAACAGUUGCUUCCUUGCCAGAGAAGGAUAUCCCCAAUCCAGAUUCAGAUAUCUAUUUUCCUCCAAAGGAGGGAUUCACUUUCCAGGAUCUUGUUGAAGCGACUGAUAAUUUCAACGAAAGCUAUGCUGUUGGAAGGGGAGCUUGUGGAACAGUUUACAAGGCGGUAAUGCAUUCUGGACAGAUUAUUGCUGUUAAGAAGCUAGCAUCUAACAGGGAGGGGAAUAACAUUGAGAGCAGCUUCCGAGCUGAGAUUUUAACUCUUGGAAAGAUCAGGCAUCGUAAUAUUGUGAAGUUAUAUGGAUUUUGCUAUCACCAAGGUUCUAAUCUGCUUCUUUAUGAGUACAUGGAAAAGGGCAGCUUGGGUGAAUUGCUUCAUGGUGCCUCUUGUAGCCUUGAGUGGCCAACUCGUUUUACAAUUGCUCUUGGAGCUGCAGAAGGUCUUGCAUAUUUACAUCAUGACUGCAAACCAAGGAUUAUUCAUCGAGACAUCAAGUCCAAUAAUAUUCUUCUAGAUGAGAAAUUUGAAGCUCAUGUAGGUGAUUUUGGCUUGGCAAAAGUGGUUGACAUGCCUCAUUCUAAAUCAAUGUCGGCAGUUGCUGGAUCAUAUGGGUAUAUUGCUCCUGAAUAUGCUUACACCAUGAAGGUUACAGAAAAGUGUGACAUCUACAGCUACGGAGUUGUUUUAUUGGAGUUGCUAACGGGAAAAACUCCUGUGCAACCUUUAGAACAAGGAGGUGAUCUUGUUACUUGGGUGAGACACUAUGUUCGGGAACAUUCAUUGACAUCUGGGAUACUUGAUAGUCGUCUAAAUCUUAAAGACCAAAGUAUAGUUCAUCAUAUGCUUACCGUCUUAAAGGUUGCUUUGAUGUGCACGAGUCUGUCCCCUUCAGACCGGCCAUCAAUGCGAGAAGUUGUGUUGAUGCUUAUCGAGUCAAAGGAGCAAGAGGACAACUACACUCUGUCUCCAACUUACGAUCUUCCUCUUAAAGAUAAUGCCUCCUGAAAGUAUGCGACUAUUCCCAAGUUUUUAUUGACAGAUAAUUUUUUUCGUGCUGAUUCUUCCACAUCUAUUUUACACAAGAAAAAUGAUAAAUAUAUUGUAGAUCUUUUUUUUUUUUUUUUUUUUUUUCCCUUAGAAUAUGAUUACUGGAAUUUUCAAUUUUUUACAGUUAAAAAGGGCAAUUAAUUUUGCUCUCCUCCAAAAUUCUGUAUUUACUUUCACAGUUGAUACGGUAAAGUAGAAUUCAGUGUACAGUUCAGAAUACCAUUUUAUGAUGAUUUACAGGCCGUUAUGUGGGUUGAAGUGUGCUCAAAGUUUGGUC